UACUUCACGUACCCCUCUGGGCUUGUUCGGAGUUUACCGAAAUCCCAGUGUAAUGAAGGGUCGAGAAAGAGAGGAGGACAACUUGAGUUAUGCAGUUACAGUGACCAAACUAUAUGGAUAUGACAGCAUUCUAUUACUGAAAAGGGAGUCACGCGCAAACUGCAUUCUGGUGAGGAAAUGAGGAAGAUGCUAGCCGGGCUACGGGCAUCAUUGCAUGGAUAGAAGGUCUUGGAUUGGAGUGAAUUGACAGCGGAGAAAGUCGGACAGCAGCUUUCUUCUGUUGAGCAUAGAGCUAAAACAGGUUGCAUUGUAGAGCACGGCUCUUCGCUGAGUGACUUCAUGGACACGCUUGUCCAGGGGAGCAUAACGGGUACUGAUCACCUGAUUCUGUUCCUUGGAAAGGAUUGCAGGGAACCUCAGUACACAAUUCCAUUCGAGAAUAGAUAAAGAUGUGAAGUUAAAGCCAAAAACGAGCAUUUAAUUGAUAUAAGGUUUUUUUUUCCACCGAAAGCAAUAUUGCAUUUUAUUUAAAAAAUAUUGAUACAUAUUUCUUUUUUUCUGAAGCAACAUAAUGCAUUUCUUUAUCCGGAUGGAGUGACGAAAUUAAAUGUUUAUCAUCAAGGAUCUUACUACUUGGAGUAAUUCAACAGUUUUGUUAUCAUAGAGGAUGGGGAUUAUAUCCAAUGUGUGCGACUGUAAUAUUCAUCAAGAGAGGGAUCAUUUGAAACACACGCGCUAAAAUCACCUUCAGAGGAAAUCGGGGUUUGUCUUGUCCAAUGCUUGCUUACACAUGCAAGGUUCAGUGAUUGCUGGAGCCUAGCUUCCUUGUGUGGGGGACCACUGUUGGAAAUAAGAAGUGAAAAACAAUUAAGCAGUUGCCAUGGACCUUAAGGUUUUUUACCUGUUGGCCGCUUUGGUUGCCUGCUUUUGUCUGGAUCCAGCUAUAGCUCAAGAGCUGAUCUACCCAAUAAGAGAAGAAUUACAAGAGAAUACUCUUAUUGGAAACAUACCAAAGGAUCUGAAUAUUUCCCACACAAAUGCUGUCACUGGAGCAAGUGCUAAUCUGGUUUAUAGGUUGGUCUCUAAACCCGGAGACAACCCCUUACUCAGAGUUUUGAGCAACACCGGGGAGAUCUUUACAACUUCCAACCGUAUUGACAGAGAGAGACUCUGCCCUGGCCCUUCCUAUGAGGAGAAUGAAUGUUCCUUUGAGAUUGAGGUGGUCAUCCUGCCAAAUGACUAUUUCAGAUUGAUUAAAAUUAAAAUUAUAGUCAAGGACACAAAUGACAAUGCCCCCAUGUUCCCAUCCCCUGUUAUAAACAUUUCCAUCCCAGAGAACUCUCUGAUUAAUAGCUUCGCUAUUCCCACAGCCACUGAUCCAGACACCGGCUUUAACAGUGUGCAGCACUAUGAGCUUUUGAAUGGACAGAAUUCUUUUGCCCUGGAUAUUGUUGAGACACCAGAUGGGGAAAAGUGGCCCCAGCUGAUCGUGCAACAAAACUUGGACAGGGAGCAGAAGGACACCUAUGUGAUGAAGAUUAAGGUUGAGGACGGGGGCAGCCCCCAGAAGUCCAGCACAGCUAUCCUCCAGGUAACAGUCACUGAUGUGAAUGACAAUAGGCCUGUUUUUAAAGAAAGCCAAAUGGAAGUUCAUAUACCAGAGAAUUCCCCUGUGGGCACUUCUGUGGUCCAGUUGCAAGCCACAGAUGCUGAUAUUGGGUCCAACGCUGAAAUCAAAUACCUCUUCAGUACGCAGGUCUCCCCAGCUACUAAGAGGCUGUUCGCAUUAAAUUCCACCACUGGUCUCAUCACAGUGCAGCAGCCUCUGGACAGAGAGGAGACGGCCAUCCACAAGCUAUCAGUGCUAGCCAGUGAUGGCAGCCAGAGUUCAGCUAGGGCUACGGUCACCAUUAAUGUGACAGAUGUGAAUGACAAUCCUCCAAAUAUAGAUUUGAGGUACAUAAUCAGUCCCAUUAAUGGUACGGUGUACUUAUCUGAAAAAGAUCCCAUCAACACCAAGAUUGCACUACUCACAGUGUCAGAUAAAGACACAGAUGUCAAUGGUAAAGUCAUUUGCUUUUUAGAAAAGGAUGUCCCCUUUCACCUUAAAGCUGUGUAUGACAACCAGUAUCUCCUGGAGACAUCCUCACUGCUAGAUUAUGAGGGCACAAAAGAAUACAUAUUUAAAAUUGUUGCCUCUGACUCUGGUAAACCAAGUUUAAAUCAGACAGCCUUAGUGAGAGUCAGGCUAGAGGAUGAAAAUGACAACCCGCCCAUAUUUAGUCAGCCGGUUAUUGAGCUGUCAGUCAUGGAGAACAACAAACGUGGCUUGUUCCUCACGACCAUCAGUGCCACGGAUGAAGACAGCGGUAAGAAUGCAGAGAUUGUUUACCAGUUGGGACCGAAUGCUUCUUUUUUUGAUUUGGAUCGCAAAACAGGGGUUUUAACAGCGUCAAGAGUUUUCGAUCGGGAGGACCAGGAGAGGUUCCUGUUUACAGUGACAGCCAGAGACAACGGGACACCUCCGCUUCAAAGCCAAGCUGCCGUAAUCAUCACUGUCCAAGAUGAGAAUGACAACAGUCCCAAGUUCACCCACAACCACUUUCAGUUUUUUGUAUCAGAAAAUUUACCAAAGUACAGCACGGUAGGGGUGAUCACUGUCACUGACGCUGAUGCUGGAGAAAAUGCAGCUGUGACUCUCUCCAUAUUAAAUGACAAUGAGAACUUCAUCUUAGAUGCCUACUCUGGAGUUAUAAAGUCUAAUGUGUCCUUUGACAGGGAGCAGCAGAGCUCCUAUACCUUCGAUGUCAAGGCAGUUGACAAUGGGCGACCCCCCUGCUCAUCAUCUGCCAAGGUGACCAUAAAUGUCAUUGAUGUCAAUGAUAACACACCAGUGGUCAUUUAUCCGCCCUCAAAUACGUCUUUCAAGUUGGUGCCUUUCUCAGCGAUUCCUGGGUCUGUAGUUGCAGAGGUCUUUGCAGUAGACAGUGACACAGGGAUGAACGCUGAGCUGAAAUACACCAUUGUGAGUGGCAAUAACAAGGGCUUGUUCCGGAUUGACCCUGUAACAGGAAACAUUACCCUUGAAGAGAAGCCAGACAACACUGCUGUUGGCCUGCACCGACUAGUGGUCAACAUCAGUGAUCUGGGUUAUCCCAGGUCCCUGCACACCUUGGUUUUGGUUUUCCUGUACGUGAAUGACACAGUGGGCAAUGCUACAUACAUUCAGGACCUCAUUCGCCGAACCAUGGAGACCCCCUUGGACAGAAACAUCGCUGACAGCAGCAAGACGUAUCAGGGUGGCGACAACCUGACAAUUAUGAUUGCUGUCCUGGCUGGGGCCAUGGUGGUGAUAGUGGUCAUAUUUGUCACUGUGCUGGUGCGUUGUCGUCACACGUCCAAGUUCAAAGCAGCCCAAAGGAAGAAGCAAGGAGCUGAAUGGAUGUCACCCAUUCAAGAGAACAAGCAGAACAAGAAAAAGAAGCGAAAGAAAAGGAAGUCCCCCAAAAAUUCCCUGUUGAACUUUGUCACCAUUGAAGAAACUAAACCGGACGACCCCAUUCACGAGCCCAUAAAUGGCACAAUAAGUCUCCCGACAGAGCUGGAGGAGCAGGGCAUAAGUCGGUUUGACUGGAAUGUGGUGCCUACGACCACUUUUAAGCCCAGCAGCCCUGACCUAGCAAGGCACUACAAAUCAGCCUCACCCCAGUCUGCUUUCCACCUCAAGGCCGACACCCCGGUGUCAGGGAAAAAACACCACAUCAUUCAGGAGCUUCCCCUGGAUAAUACAUUUGUUGGGGGCUGUGAUACCCUCUCCAAACGAUCGUCCACUAGCUCAGACCACUUCAGUGCCUCUGAAUGCAGCUCCCAGGGUGGCUUCAAGACAAAGGGGUCCUUGCACACCAGACAGUCACAGCGACGUGUAACGUUUCACCUUCCUGACGGCUCCCAGGAAAGCUACAGUGACAGUGGUCUAGGGGACCAUGAGCCUGUGGGCAGUGGAACACUCCACUCACACCCUCUCCCUCUGGUUCAGCCACAGGAGGACUUCUACGAACAGGCCUCACCUGACAAGAGGACUGAAGCAGACGGUAAUUCUGACCCUAAUUCCGAUGGCCUACUAGGACGCAGGGGACUUGUUGAAGCCUCAGAGAUGUGCACCCAGGAAUGUCUGGUGUUGGGUCACUCAGAUAACUGUUGGAUGCCACCAGCUCUGGGAUCAUAUCAGCAGCCUAAAUCGCCUAUUUCUGCCUUUGCCAAUCAAAAGGAUUGGGCCAAAGACAAACUAUUGAACGGGCACUCUCUGACAAGAACCUGGAACAGUGAUAACAGCCGGGAGAAGUUUGGUAGUGCUGAAGGACAUUUUAGCAAUGGAAACCAGAUGUCAGACAUUCCACUGGCAAGCUUGAAGUCCUAUAAAGAAACAUCAGCUGUUGAGAACCCAAAGGAACACCAGCUAUAAAUACAUUGCUGAAUAUAUCUGUUGGGCAGUCUGUCCUUGCCUAUUUUUAAGUAAACUAAUGCUAUUGCUGUGUGAUAGUUACAGAAAUUACCAAGUAGGCCACUAGACUUGUGCUAUUGCGGGAUGUAAACUGCACAUUCUACUUUUGUUGACCCGACAAAUGAUAUAGUAUUUUGUAAAAUGUAAGACUCUGAUUUUAGAUAGUGUUUGUUAUUUAACUUUAAAGACAGAAAACCCACAAUUACUGGCAGUAUGUUUACUAAAAGGCUUUUCUGAACAAUAAAAAAAACUGUUGACCAAUAUGCAAAUAUUGUGUAGUAAAUGUUACUGAGCUGGUCUGAGGCUACAACAUAUUAAUCAAUACCAUAAAAGAAAAUUAAGAUUUUGAUAUUAACACUGUAAGUGAACACUUGUUGAGUUAAUUAUUGUUGAAGUGCUUGUAAAUAGAAGAAAUACUAACAAAUUGUAUGUACCUGUAAUAUUUAUACAGGAUAAGAAAGUGUUUCAUGGUUGUUGUUAAUAUUAAUUUGUCAUUGGCUUGUAUUGCUUUUUGAUUGAUCUCUCCAGCCAUCAUGGGAUACAUAUUUAUUCCUGAAAGAGAAAAUACAUAUCCAACUCUCAAAAAAAAAAAAAAACACGUGAACACUAGUUUUAUGUUCUUUUCCACAUAUGAUUGUAUUUAUCUCAGCAUCUUCAACAAAAAUAUGGCACUUCUUUUUCCAAACUAUUUCUUACUAUUAACAAAAGUACAGGUUCUAUUAAUGAAUAUGUUUAGUGGAGGGGAUGGGGGCAGAAAUACAUUUGUAAAAUACAAUGUUACUGCUAUUUAAGUUCACCAUUGUAGAUUACUUGAUUGAAGGUAAUUGUGCUUACCUUAAACAUGCAUUAUGUUUCACAAUACCAAAUAUCAUGCUGAUAGAGGUGGUUAGGGAAAUAUUAGAAAAAGACACUUCAAAUAGUUGCAUCAGCAUUUGUUACCUUAAUAAGCAAAUGUUUGGCUAAAACCAGAUCAGUGUUUAGCAGAAUAAAAUAAAUGUCAUAAACUCAAACAUCAUCAUAGAAGCAUGCACAGAGGACAAAAAUUAUAUAAACAAAAAAAAGCAUUUUUAAGGCAUGAAAGCCAUUUUUUAACAGUUGAAUAGCAUGCAAAAAUGCUGCUUUAAAUAAAUUUAUGUUGUCAUAUUCAGAUGAAAUUCAUUUAGAAACCUCAUUUAGGAUGUUGUCUUUUUCAAUGGCACUUUCAUGAUGUUUGUCACAGUAUAAAGACAACGUGGGAUGGAGUGAAUUGCUUACUGCAGUAUGUUUGUUAGUUGUGAGGGUGUUUGACAUAAGUAU